CCCCCCAGGCUCUACACGCGCGCGCGCGGCAGCCCCCUGCCUCCGUGGCGGGGUCCACGUUCUACCUCCGGGCUGGGUGGGUGUGUAGAGGACAAACGCAGGUCGCCGGCAAGGGCGACUCGGAAGGAGACAAGCCAGCGCUCAGAACCGUACGAGGGGGAAAUGGUCAUUUCCACGCACCUAUGCAUCGAGAAGCUGGUCCACGUGCAGUUUUGAUUGAAUUACGGAUUUACAAAAUUCAAGCUUACGGAAAAAUACUACCGCAUAACCAGCUGAUUUAAAAAAAAAAAAACUCCUUGUGAAUUUUUGGUAAUUUCAUUCUGGAAGGUUCUUUGUAAUUUCUGCAGAUGUUUCUGCAGUCUAACAGAACCCGAUGCUUCUCGGAUUCUUAAGAUGGCCCAGACGUGCUUUGAAGAAUCCAUCUGUCUUUGUAAACAUGCAGAAUGAUAUAAAACUCUUGAAGAAAAACAAAUCUAGCCAGGUCAGUUAUGCUGCAGCCUGAAAACCGGAGAACGUGGGAGUUCAAUGGUGAAACACGCACAGCUCAGCCCCCGCGACCUACCGAUCGUGCUUGUUUUUCCAGACUGCCCGGUUGGUUGCAAGGGCAGCCAAGUAGAAUUCACCUUCAGAACCCCCUGUCUCUUGCUUGCUCCACCAUCGACAGAGUCAUGGGCUGUUUUGUGUGCCAGGAGGCGAAAGGUUUCUUGGUUCUGUUUCAUUUUUAUUGUUGUUUUGAACCAUGGUUUUUAUGGCUGAAGAGGUAUUUCAGAGUUUGAGGGAUACUUUUCUUUCUUUCUUAGUUGCUUCUCUUUAAGGCAUGUUGUAUUUCCUGUUGCUGAACCACACUGUGAAGUGGCCAUCCCCUCUUACAACAGGACAGACCCUAACAGGGCCAGCUGUUUUUUUUGUGCCCUCCUCCCCCGACCAGGGGCCAGUUUGCUAAGACCUCUGCCCGUAUUACUCCACAUCCACACUCAUGUGUGGCUUCAGACCCUCAGGAAGUACGCCCAGUCUAGUAGCCAGCCAUCAGGAGCCUACCCGGCCACAAGUAGGAAUUGUUCUUGCUGUUUUCAGUCAAACAGACCCCUGACACAGCAACCACAGUUGCUAACCAGAUGUCAUGAGCCAGUCAUAAAAUGACUCCUGUACCAGUAAGGAUCUAUACCCAGUCCCUUCAAAGUACACUUGACCACAGCUGAAUUCCCCUAAUCCUGCUUAAAAAGAGCCUGUGGGUUCGCCAUUUGCCACUUUGUCAGAUGAUUUGACCCCAGCAUGCUGGGAUUUUUUUUUUAUUAAACACUCUUAUUGAUUGCAUAUGUGACUGGUGGUCUUUUAUGGGCCUUCCCACGGACCCUAACAACUGCAGUGAAGGUAUUUGUUUUUUUAUUCCUGUGAAGUCUAAGUGGUAGGUAUUCUGGGACACAGUCUCAGACUUAACCUUGUGAAAGCAGUGUGCAGAGGCAUGGUAACAGGCCUAUCUAUAAUCCUGGCACUCAAGAGGCCAAGACAGGAAGACAGUGAGUUGAAGGUCAGCCUGGACUAUAAAGCAAUACCUUGUCUCUACAACAAAGCAAAGCAUCAGUCACAGGAUACUCUGAAAAAUAAUUACCCAUCCAGAUUUGAAGAUCCUGUGAUAAUUGCUCUUCAAGAAUUUGCCUGGGAUCAGUAUCUACAGGAGAAAAAGAGGGAACUGAAGGGUGACACCUGGGUGUAUUCCUCCUAUGUGAUGUGCUUUGUCAAUGAUCAGUUCCUGGGCAACGCGUUUGACCUGAAGAAGUGGGCCCAGAAGGUGUGGGACGUGGUUGACGUCCGACCCUCCGCACUGUAUGAGGCACUUACUCUGAAUUAUGCCACCAAGUUCUUGAAAGACACCAAGCAUGAUUUUGUGUACUUGGACAUUUGUAUUGAUCUUUCUCCAAUUGGAAGACUGAUUUUUGAGCUAUAUUGUGAUACAUGUCCCAAAACAUGUAAAAAUUUUCAGGUCUUGUGCACAGGAAUGGCGGGCUUUUCUGAGAGAGGUAUAAAACUUCAUUACAAAGAUUCGAUUUUUCAUCGAGUAGUCCAGAAUGGUUGGAUACAAGGAGGAGAUAUAGUAGAGGGGAAAGGAGAUGAUGGAGAGUCUAUUUAUGGACCAACAUUUGAAGAUGAAAACUUUUCGGUUCCUCACGAUAAAAGAGGAGUUCUUGGAAUGGUCAAUAAAGGUCGUCAUACCAAUGGGUCACAAUUCUACAUCACACUACAAGCAACUCCCUAUCUGGAUAAAAAAUAUGUGGCUUUUGGGUAUGUACAUUAUAGGUUUUUCUGCAUGGUAUUCACACAUAUAAAAUGUUGCUCAAAAAUAUUUGCAUCAUUAUUGUACAUAGUCUGAUUUGCCAAAAAUAGAGCUCAGUGAUACAAAAUAAUACAGACACAUCUAGCAACAAGUAGUUAUAACAAACUUGUUAUCCAUAAAAUACAGAAAUUAGGGCUGGCAGGAUGGCUCAGUGGGUAAAGGUGCUUGUUGCACAAUCCUGAUGAUACGAGUUCAACUCCUGGAACCCACAUAAAGGUGGACGGAGACACAACUUCAGAAAGCUGUCCUCUGAUUUCAACACAUGUGCCAUGUUACAUACGCCACACACAUACAUCACACACUAAUAACAAUAAUUAAUGUUAAGUACAGAAAUUAACUAAACAGCUGUGGUGAUGUUCUGUCUACAUAUAUAUGUGAUAUAUAUAUUUAUCAAUAUGUAUCUACAUACCCACUUACCUGUCAUCUUCAGCCUCCAGAUUAAUAUCAAUUCUUAAGACUAAUCAUACCAUAGUGCUUCAUAAUAUAGAAAUAGCUUGAUGCAGAAGUGAGAAGUUGAUGCUGUUUCACUGUCUGUGAGAUUGUCUAUGGGUCAAUAAUAAUUAUUAGAAUGUUAGUAAGAAGCUAAUUAGCCCGUGGACCACCAUGGGCAAUGGAUGUACUUUUCAUCACUCAGUGUUCUGUUCGAUGCUUCCAUACUGAUGAGCCCAAGAGGGAAGCAAGCAGACUGUCUUGCCUGAGGUGAUGCAGUAGACCAUUUUAAACAUUUAUUAGGCUGUUUCAGUUCCUCCAGAGGGUCAUCUAUUGCCUCUGCAACUUACAAAUGACUUUCAUAUCACUGUUCAUUUCAUCCACAAUAAUUACCUUAGUUUAAUGCUUUUGGUGGUUCUUCCAGGUUGGGGAGAGGGACAAAUUAAUUUUCUUCCAGAAGACAGCAUUCAUUAGAUGACUUUCCAUUCAUAGGUUUAGAACUUAAUGAGUUGCUUUCAGUUUUCUUCCACAUCAAUAAAAUAUUGAUUUUCUUUGUUUGUAAAAUGGUCUU